AUGAAAGUGUUAAGCAGCUGUAAUAUCUCGAAGACACUAAAUGCUGGGGACAUGGAGAGUCUGAUUGAGUGCCAGUUGGAGGCUAAUGCCAAGAAUUGCCCCCCGCUGGUUCCAGCAGAUACUGAAGACAGACUUUGCCACUCGACUGCAGAUGGAACAAAGAAAAGAAAGAAGGUGAUAUCACAGUCAUUUACUCUGAGACGAAGCUCUACCAACGGGAAUUCCCCAGGGCAGCUAGACUCGGGUGCCAAAAUCGCUCUGUUUGGCCAGCCUCUGGCAAUCAUUUGCGGGGAAGAUGACACACUGCCUCAACCGGUCAAGGAUCUCCUAGCUAUAUUGUAUAUGAAAGGACCUUCCACUGAAGGGAUAUUCAGAAAAGCUGCAAAUGAGAAAGCACGAAAAGAGUUGAAGGAGGACCUAAACAAAGGCGGGAAUGUUGAUUUGAAAAGCAAAUCUGUGCACCUGCUGGCAGUGGUCUUGAAGGACUUCCUCCGAAAUAUUCCCUCCAAACUGCUCUCGGCCGACCUCUUUGAGAAGUGGAU